CUCCGACGCUGCUCGGCGGCGGCGGCGUCGGGGAUUCGAUCCGGUGGCCGGAGGCAGUUCGCCGCCAGAAACUCCAGCAAUCUACGGCAACGCCGAUGACACAGGUCUCCGGCAGAGGCCUUCGAAUUCCAUCAUGGUGGAGGUGUAUAUCGACUGGAUCCUUUUUCCCAGAAACUUCAUCUGUCUCGUUCUUGUACUGAUUAGUUUAGGAGUAAUUUUGCUGGAACUUUUUCAUUGGUUGGAAACUUGGAAUAAGGCAGACUGGCAGAGUAGAUAUAGAUAGAUAGUAUACCUGAUUAUCAUUCGUCCUUACCAAGACUGUACCGUGUUGCGUGGUCAGCAUUAAUUCUCAGACCAAUGAUAAGAUGAUGAAACUGACACGUCCUGUAAGAGAACCUGACAGGAAACUUCCUACCGUCUCUGUCUUCAAGGUCAACUAUCCUAGCAUGUACACUAUUAUGCUAGUUGGUUAUAAGAUAAAGCAAACAACUAGGCACGAGAGGGUUAGGUCAGAUGCCUCUGUACCUGUCUACUACUUGUUUAUGCAUUUUAGCAGUGAGGAAAACUUCUAGUUUGGUUAUUCAGCUUAGUUCAUGAAACUUUUAGUUGUUUAUGCAUUAUGCUUUUGUUUCUUCUCCCUUAGGAGGAUAGUUAUUCAUUGUUAUUACUUGUUACAAAGUCUUAAGAAGACUGAGUUGUGUACACCAACUAUCAUUUCACAAAGCCACAGUGAAGAGAUGAUAUUUUUUUUGGAUUCCUUUUAUGACAGCUUACCACAGAUGCCACGUGGCCAGUAGCCCAGUACACAGAUUAUAAGUUGAUUACUAUCAUUUCAUAAGUCUACAGAAGACUCAGUAGUGUAUAUGCGUGUUGAGAUCCAUAUGCCUAUAUUAUAAAGCAAACAGUAGGAAACAAUGUAGUCCCAUUCAAAGCAUCUCUCUCAACUGGUACUUGUUUAUGUAUCCUAGCUAUCUUCAAGGUCACUGGUUGCAUUGGCCAAGAUCUAUGUACAUAUUGAUCUUCCAGCCUGCCUAGACUUCUCUCCCCUCUCCCAAAGCUUGCAAUGGUGGAUCCAAUUACCCUUAGUGCUGCUGUAGGAUGGGGCGUAACUGCGGUAGGUUGGCUCGCCUCACCCAUCAUUCCCAGACUCCUCAACAAAGCUUUCGCCCUCCUCGACUUUAACGCGACAGAGAAACUGAAGAUAGUUGAUAUACAAGUUUUACAACUGCUGCGGGUGAUGGAAGUAGUCGAUGAGAGCACUUACAGGGUUCGUUUGGAGCCACUGUUAGACAAGCUUAAAUCUGCUAUCUAUGAAGCCGAAGAUAUCUUGGAUAGCAUCGAGUAUCAGCGCCUCAAGAAGCAGAUCGAAGAUGGCAAGUCAGAUGGCAGUAAGAUGGAUUCGCUGAAGAAGAAAGUUCGGUUUGCCACGCCAAGCUCCCCCCUAAAAGAUAAGGUGACUGGUAUAUCAAAAGUGGAGUUGAAGAAGAGCCUACAGAAGAUAGAAAGUGCUAUACAUGAUGCAUGUGAAAUUUUGAAACAACUGAACUUGCCAUGUGUAAUUAAUGAUAAUGGGAGACCAGCUGUUGCCACCAAUGCAUGCAGUGCAGGCAUUAGUCCUCCAGUACGUGUAAUUGGUCGAGAUAAGGAUCGCCACAAGAUCAUAGCAAUGCUACAUGAGAAGGAAAACCAGUGCCAGGCAAACACUGUUAGCGGUACAUUUUAUUCUGUGAUUGGUAUUCAUGGCAUCGCUGGGUCUGGCAAAUCAACACUUGCACGGUGUAUUUAUGAUCAUGAGAAAAAGCAGAAGCAAGAGAAUAAGGAAGGCCAUUUUGAGAUUGUCAUCUGGGUUCACGUUUCACAGAAAUUUGAGUUGGAUUCUAUUUUCAGGGACAUGUUUGAGGGUGCUACUGGGAAAGAGUGCCCAAAAUUAAACAGUCUUCACGCCCUAAAAGAAAGACUGGAGGAGGUACUGCUUGGGAAACAGAUUUUGUUGAUACUGGAUGAUGUCUGGCACAACAGUAGGAAUUCAGAAGACCAUGAAGAACUACAAAAGUUAAUUUCUCCGCUGAAUGUUGGGAAGGCAGGAAGCAGAAUCUUGGUGACUAGUCGAACUGAAGAUGCAUUAUUAGCUCUGGGUGCUGCUCAAGAGAGAUGUAUUCCAAUAUCUGACCUGGAUGAUGAAAUGUUCCUUGAAAUGUUCAUGUAUUAUGCACUUGGAGAUGCAAGGGUAGGUGGCCAUGAUCGAAGAAAACUUGAAACAAUUGGAGAGGACAUUGCAAAAAAGCUUAAGAGAUCACCUCUAGCAGCCAGAACAGUAGGUGCACGGCUGCGUAAAAACUUGAAAGUCGAGAUUUGGAUGAGGGAGAAGGAUCAGGACCUUCUGAAAGAGACAAUGGGAGCUCUGUGGUGGAGCUACCAGUAUCUUGAUGAGCAGGUCAGGCGAUGCUUCGCUUACUGCAGUAUUUUUCCGAGACGGCAUCGGUUGACACGUGAUGAGUUAGUCAAGUUGUGGGUGGCAGAAGGAUUUAUAAAGACUAGUAAGCCUGAAGAGGAAAUGGAAGAUGUUGCUCGGGAGUACUUUAAUGAAUUGCUGUCGGCCUCAUUUCUGCAACCUGGACAUGAUGGUAUGGUUGAUUACUUUACAAUACAUGACCUCCUGUGCGAUUUAGCGGAGGAGGUUUCUGGAAGAGAUUGCUUCAGGAUGGAGAAAGGCUUCACAGGAGAAGUUCCUCAAGAUGUUCGCUAUUUUUUUGUUGGGACUUAUGAUAGGGAGAAGCUUACUAAGAAGAUAUCUGGACUGCAGAAUUUACGCACUCUCAUCAUCAAUGACGUAAUACGCGUUGAAUCAAACGCGUGUGAAUUUUUCGCGUGUAUGUUCACUAUGUUGACGGGGCUGCGGAAAUUGCGGGUACUGAAUAUAAAAGUACAGGUCAUUGAACCUCACUGUAUCUCAGUCCCUGAUUCUAUUGGUCAGUUGAAGCAUCUGCGUUGUUUUGUUUUCAUGGUGGGUGCAUUAACCAGGGUAACUUUACCAUGCGCUUUUACCAAGCUUUACCACAUGCAGGUGGCAGAUUUUGGUUACUGCAUGGGAUUAACGUUUUCUAGUGAAGAUAUGAUGAACCUCGUAAACUUGCGCUGUGUGAUCAGCAGGACAAAUCUGGAAUUUCCAAACAUUGGCAGGUUGACAUGGCUCCAAAUGUUAUCAUUGUACACAAUUAGGAAGGAACAGGGGUACGAGUCACAUCAGCUGAAGCACCUAAACAAACUUCAAGACAAGAUGGAGAUCCGCGGCCUUGAGAAUGUUCAGACCAAGGAGGAGGCUGUUCAAAUCAAUCUUGCUGGCAAGGAAAAACUCACAGAACUGGUACUUCAAUGGGAUGAAGGGAGCUGCAGUCCAGAAGUUCAAGCACAGGUACUCGAGGGUCUUUGCCCUUCGAAGUAUCUUGAAAGACUUCAGAUCAGCCAGUACCACGGUAUGACGUUACCGAGUUGGAUGAUGGGUGGGCAUAACGGUGGACCAAAGAACCUGCAAAAACUUGAAUUAUGGGGAUGGGUCCAACUGGGACCUGCCCCUGACCUUGAGGCUUUCAUUCAUCUUCGUUCGCUAUAUCUUUUUAGCUGCAGUUGGGAUACCUUACCAGGCAACAUGGAACACCUCACAUCGCUGAGGAAAUUGGAGAUCUGGAAUUGCAGGAAUAUCCGGUCGCUGCCAACACUGCCCAAGUCUCUUGAGGAGUUUAAAGUUGCGGGCUGCAGCUGGAAUGCCUUACCAGCCAAUAUUGAGCACCUCACAUCACUGAAGGAACUGGAUAUACAUGGAUGUGAGAAUAUACAGUCGCUUCCAACACUGCCCAAUUCUCUUAAGGAGAUUACAGUCAGGUACUGCAAUCACAAGUUCAUGCGAUCUUGUAUGACGAUUGAUGAUCCAAAUUGGCAAAAGAUUGAGCACAUUCCAAACAAAACAAUUAGAUUUUAAUGAAUGAAAAAGGUCCAUACGGAAGAUUUGUGCCCUUCUGCUGUGGACGGGAACUGGAGGAUAUGGAGUGGAAACCGUCAAAACUUCCUUCCAAACCCACAGGCUUUUACUGGGUAGCCAUUUCUGGGACCUUGUAUGUGUCCUCGUUCAGUUCUAUAUACUUUGGUUUGCUUGCGUGUUUUCGGGCCAUGUACAGACAAUGCAAAAUCUCAUCUCUGCAUGCAGUGAUGAACGCUGAAUUUAGUAGUUUAUAUUACUGUGCUACGUACUCCCUGCUAGAUACUUCCGUUUGAGUGUCAACUAAAAUUCCUGACGGAGGAAGUGAUAAUGCACACCGGAUUGAUUUGCUUCGUAUAUAUGUGAUUUUGUAAGACCGCAGA